AUGUCAGAAACAAUUGGAAUCUCUGAAAUUAAAUUCACUCGUCCUAUUCGAGAAGCACUCGGACCACGUUUAGAGAUUUAUAAGAAAAAAAUUGCAAAGAGACCACCAAACGCAUUUAUCCUUUUUCGAAUAGCAUAUACUCGAGAGUUAAAUUCACAAAAACGAUAUUUGAAAGCAAACGAAAUCUCAAGGCUUUCUUCUGAACAUUGGAAAACUCUUUCCGACGAAAACAGGCAUGAAUUUGAACAAAUAUCGAAAGAGCUUAGAAAUGCUCUGAGUAAUAAUUUAUCAAAAAAACCUACACGUAUAAAACCUGGAUACAAGUGGAAGUCGAUGACUCCAAAUUUAUUAGCUGAAAAACCACCCAAAAAAUUCUCGAAUUCGUCUAAACCCAAGGAUUCAAAUGACAAAAAAACCAACAACUCUAAGGAUAUAACCAAACAGAACUUUACGCUCAGCAACGGCAAAUCUAAAGCAACUUAUAUCACGGAUAACGUUUCAAUUAUCGAAAAGGUCUAUAAAAUUGAUAAUCCGACAAACAAUAUUAUAAAGAAUCUAUCAACUAAUUUGGAUAUUUCAGAUAUAACCGCAGAAAUUAUACCUGAACAUUUUUCUUAUCGAGAAUUCUCGUAUCAGCAAAAUUUAUCAGCAUCAACACCGCCGCCACCGUUUAACAAUCGUCAAUUGUUACCUUACCAAUUUGAAAAUAGCAUGUAUUUAAACCAGUCACAUAUUAACGUUAAUGACGAUGACAUGUACUAUGACGAAGAUCAGAUGAGUCACGAGGAACACAUUAUAUUACGCAUGGAAUAUGACCAUCUAGUAUCUUUAGGAUAUGAUAUCGAUAUCGAUAUCGAUAUAAUAUAG